AUGGCGCUAUCGUCCAUUCCCUUACAUCUAUUUUACAAUGCCGCGGUCUUUAAGGUGGCUACAAACUCGGAAUACAACAUCUUCACUCUCGAUAUCACGUCAGACGAAUGGCGGCACAUCAGCGCCACUACAGAUGCUGGGCAAACACCGGGGUCGUACUGGAACGUAUCAAAAGGCCGAUGGAACAAGGUCUACGACAACAAGUACUCCUCCACGUAUGGCGAUCUUUACCUAGGAGUGGAUCGUGUAGCAUUCGAUACUACACAAUCCCUCUCAGACUUGAACACGACUGGAGCACUGUCACAUUACUUGGGUCUCAAUGUGACUGGGAACCAAGGCAUGAUAAGAGAGCUGACUAAGGAGUCACCUGUAUGGAUACGAUUCGAGCCGGUGUCCAACAAUCAGACUCUGGGCAUGAACGUCUCAGCACACGUAGCGCAGGCAGCUUCUGCGAAACCGACUCUACACAGUAGCGUGCAAGUCAGCCUCUACUUCCUGAUUGUUGUGGUUACAUUCGGCCUACUCAAACUCGCUGUAAUGGCGAUUGUUCUGGGCACCGACCGAUCUGCCUACUGA